UGGCGUCGCGCAGCCGCGCUGAGGGGAGGGCGGGCGCUGCUGUGUGGGGUCCUGCCGCCCCGCCGGGUCGCUGCCCGCUCCUCUCCCGGUCCUCUGGAAGCGUGCACCGGGCUGUGUUUCUCUGCAGCAAACCCACGGUCUCUCCCCUUGACUCUUCAGGGGGCUCGUCUCAAAAUAUAACUUUAAAAAGUGCUUCAAAAAGUGAAAGAAAAUGUCACGUAAAAGCUCUAAGGAAACCAGGAAAGUAAACAUCUCUAGCUCCUUGGAGUCAGAAGAUAUUAGCUUAGAAACCACCAUCCCAACUGAUGAUCUUUCUUCCUCUGAAGAGAGGGAAGGUACUGUGAAAAUCACUAAGCAGCUGAUCGAACGGAAAGAGUUGCUCCAUAAUCUUCAGCUGCUUAAAAUAGAAUUGUCUCAGAAAAACUUGAUGAUUGAUAACUUGAAAGUAGAAUAUUUGACCAAGAUUGAAGAGCUGGAAGAGAAGCUUAAUGAUGCAAUCCAUCAAAAGCAGCUGUUGUCUUUACGACUGGAUAGCCAGCUGGCAUUACAGCAAGAAGAUGCUAGAAAACAUCAAGCUCUAAUGAAACAAGAAAUGGAAACUAUUUUACUGAGACAAAAGCAGCUGGAGGAAACAAAUCAUCAAUUGAGAGAGAGGGCUGGAGAUAUCCGUCGGAGCUUGCGAGGCUUGGAAUUAACAGAUGACUGCUAUGAGAAGCUGAAAUCUCUCCCUGAAGAUCAGCUUUCCAUCCCUGAAUAUGUUUCUGUUCGAUUCUACGAAGUAGUCCAUUCCUUGAGAAAUGAGCUAAGUGACCUACAGGCGAAAAAGCAGACCCUAACAGAAGAACUAAGUGGGUACAAAUCCCAACUGAAGUGUGUGACGGAGAGCUAUGAAGAUGAGCGGAGGAGUCGGUCAGAACUUGAGGUUAGAUGCCAACGUUUAACACUGGAACUGGCUGAUACCAAGCAGAUGAUUCAACAAGGUGAUUACAGACAAGAGAAUUAUGAUAAAGUAAAAUGGGUCAGAUACAGUGGUGACAGAGUUGCUUCUUUGUGCAUAUGGGAAGCACUGUUAUUCAGGACACCAAGUGAACGUGAUGCAUUUGAACAUGAAUUGUCAGAACUCAGAAGAAAAUAUGAAAUAUUAGAGAUGUCACAUAAAGCACAAGCUAAAGAAAGAAAUGAUUUAUCGAAAGAGCUGACAACCAUACAACAAUCCCUAAACCUGUUGCAAAAAGAUAAAGAUUAUCUUAAUCGCCAGAACAUGGAGCUUAGUGUUCGCUGUGCACAUGAAGAAGAUCGUCUUGAAAGACUUCAGGUUCAGUUAGAGGAUGCCAAAAAAGCUAGGGAAGAAAUGUAUGAAAAAUAUGUUGCGUCCAGGGACCACUAUAAAACAGAAUAUGAAAAGAGACUUCAUGAGGAGUUGGAACAAUUAAGACUGAAAACAAAUCAAGAAAUAGAACAACUUCGAAGCACUUCAAAAGAGAUGUAUGAACGUGAAAACAGAAAUUUGAGAGAAGCAAGAGAUAAUGCUGUUGCUGAAAAAGAAAGAGCAGUUAUUGCUGAAAAGGAUGCUUUAAGAAAAUAUGACCAACUCUUAGACCAGUAUAGACAAAUGCAGCUUGGCACAGAAAGCAAAGUAGCUGAACUUCUUCACCAAAGUAAGUUAAAGUCCUUUGAAAGUGAACAUGUUCAACUCAUGCAACAAGAAACAGCUAAGAAUCUUUCACAAUGCCAAAUAGAAUGUGAGAAAUAUCAGAGAAAGCUGGAGGUUCUUACAAAGGAAUUUUAUAGUCUUCAGUCUUCUAGUGAAACACGCAUUAUUGAACUCCAAACACAGAAUUCUGAGUUUCAGGCAAGACUAGAUACUUACGAAAAACUUGAAAAAGAACUUGAUGAGAUAAUAAUGCAAACAGCAGAAAUGGAAGAUGAAGCUGAAGCUGAAAGGGUUCUCUUCUCAUAUGGGUAUGGUGCUAAUGUUCCUACAACAGCCAAAAGACGACUAAAGCAAAGUGUUCACUUGGCAAGGAGGUUACUGCAGCUAGAAAAGCAAAACUCGUUGCUUGUAAAAGAUCUGGAACAUCAGAAGGAACAAGUAACACAGAUUUCACAAGAGCUUGACAGAGCAAAUUCUUUGUUGAGUCAAGUUCAACAGCCAUAUAAAUACCUCAUUGAAACCGUGCAACAGAGGGAUUCUCAAAUAAGUCUACAAAAGGAACAUAUUGCACAACUUGAAAAAGAUGUCAGUCUUUUAAAUAAAGAAAAGACGGCUUUGCUGCGUGUCAAGAAUCAAAUGGCAGCAGAUUUGGAGAAACUUCUAACUCAUCGUGAGGAACUAGCCGUAAUGAAACAGAUUCUAAUUAAUCUUCAUGGUAAACACAAGGAACAAAAUUUGCCUCAGUCUAAUAUUGAUGUAAAAAAUACAACGGCAAAGAACAUACUAAACCCUUUAGUAAAACUGCCACCAGAACAUGAAGAAGAAAAUAUAUUUACACCUAAGCCAACGUUAUUUACAAAUACAGAGGCACCUGUAUGGUACAAGAAACUGCAGAAGAAAACAUCACCGUAACAUUUUUCCAAAAAUAUUCAAAAAAAUCCUUUGGGGAGCUUUUCUUUAAAGAAAGAUCUUUUCACCAUAAUUAUGCCCUUUUUACCAUAAAGGCAAACAGCUGUUCUGUUUUCAACUGUUAUUUAAUACCUGUAAAAUGGUCUUAUGCUUCAUAAAAUAUUUUUUAGAUUUGUCACAUGAACAAAAUGUGUGGAAAUAAUGCAUGCAGUGAUUUUACUAAUAUAUAUUUGAAUUUUAAAAGAUAAAUAAACACUAGCAUAUUGUACACACAA